GAGGCAUGGUUGGAAGGAAUCUUUUGCAUGAACCCAGCCAGAGCAACCAAUGCUUUGCAGAGCCCACCAGUUCGCCGCCAGAUUGCUGCUGGCUAGCUACUACUAGACUGUUGUUUUCGUGUCCGGCCAGUGAAGCCACAGGCAGUAGAGGCUCUAUGCCGUACUAGCUCGUUCGCAUUCAUCCCAUACAUACUCAACCCACUAGUUGAGCUAUAAUUUCUUACAAGCAAGCUAGUUGCAAUGCCCAAGCAGCUAGCUAGUUGCGCCUGCGGUGGCUGGGCCUGGGUUUAAUGAUGCCAUUGCAGCUAGUAGGCAAUGAAGCUUAGCUACAUGUACAUUUGAGCAUCCUACCAUUCUCUCCUGGCUGGCCAGCCAGCCUUGAAGACAAGGUAAGCAAAGAAGCUGGCACGUCGCCUUCCCUUUGCUAUAACAACGCCUCGAAGCCCCAGCGCAGUCACAGCUCAUUCUCAGAAGAAUCCAGCACUCGGAUAUAUUCGAAUGAGCUUCGACUUGGCCGAAUAGUACCGGUACAGUAUUCGAUCCAAAUCGAACCCAAAAGCUUUUGGAUCUUUUUCAAAGAUCCGUCGAUCGGAAGCUCCCUCAUUUUUUGAGUAGAACGAGAAAAGCAAAUUGGAGACUAGCAGCAAGGCAUAAUACAUCAUAACAGAGGCAACAGAGCAGUAACCAGAUGAUAUUAAAUUUGUUAAUUAUUCUUGGUCAGCUGAAGCUCCUUCAUGUCUGAAGGAAGCAGAAGUUUGGAAGAAGAAAGAUACCAAACAAAAAGAAAGAUACCAUCAAGAUCCUCUAGAAGAUCCGUGAUCUCAUAAUAUGGAAUCGAAUCGAAAUCAAUCGAGGUUGAUACGGUAGGUAACAAGUAAGAGAUUUGAUUUUAGUUUGACUUGACUUGACUUGACCAUGGUGAAGACGAUUAUCAGCGUGGAUCCGAAGAAGCUUCCUUGGGAACAAGGGCAAGAUGGCGAGACGCCUUUGCACAAUCGUUGGCAUCCGUCGAUUCCUCCCGUGGCAACGGUCGAAGAAGGCCAAGUCUUUCGUGUGGAGUGUGUGGAUUGGACGGGAGGACAAAUCAAGAAUGAUGACAAUAGCGAUGACGUGAAAAAUGUGGACCUAAGCCAAGUUCACUAUUUGAGUGGACCCAUUGCCAUCCCCACUGCCCAACCCGGCGACCUGCUGAAAGUGGAACUCUUGAAUCUUGGAACCCUCGAUGGAGACGAGUGGGGCUUUACUGGAACAUUUGCCAAGGAAAACGGAGGUGGAUUCUUGACGGACCAUUAUCCCUGUGCCUCCAAGGCUAUUUGGGAUUUGGAUGGUAUUUAUUGCUCCAGUCGACACAUUCCUGGAGUCAAAUUUGCUGGACUCAUCCAUCCCGGACUCAUUGGAACUGCUCCUUCCCCAGAGUUGCUCCAAAUGUGGAAUGAACGAGAAGCAAAGCUCUGCAGUGAAGAAGGAACCCCCGAGGAAAAGACACUUUGUGGAUGUCUCAGCACUCGUCCCUUGGCAUGCUUGCCAGAACCCAAGGGAGCCAUGCUAGGAAAGCUUGGACACUUCAAGGACAAGGCUGGAAACGACGAGACAUGGGAUACGAUUGCACAAGAAGCUGCCAGGACUGUCCCGGGAAGAGAAAAUGGAGGCAAUUGCGACAUCAAAAACUUAUCUCGCGGAUCCACCGUCUACUUUCCUGUUUUUGUCCCAGGUGCCAACUUGAGCAUGGGCGACAUGCAUUUUUCUCAAGGCGACGGAGAAGUCUCGUUCUGUGGCGCCAUUGAAAUGUCAGGAUUCCUCGACCUACGUUGCACCGUCAUCAAAGAUGGAAUGCAAAUGCUUCCAGUGGUCGGUCCUAGUCCAUUGAGCGUCAAUCCGGUCUUUGAGAUUGGACCACUGGAGCCGCGAUAUUCGGAAUGGUUGGUGUUUGAAGGCGUUUCGGUCGAUGAAAAGGGCGUUCAGCACUAUUUGGAUGCCACCAUUGCGUACAAACGUGCCGUGCUGAACUGCAUCAAGUACCUGGCCAAGUUUGGUUACACGGAACAGCAAGUGUACCUCAUGUUGUCUUGUAUUCCGUGCGAAGGACGAAUCAGUGGUAUUGUGGACGUCCCGAACGCGUGCGCUACUCUGGCGAUUCCCCUGGCCAUUUUCGAUCGAGAUGUGCGUCCUCCUAUGAGCAUGGACAAACUGGAGCAACUGGCCAAUGGGAUUCGUGUGCUGAAGCAGGAUGUGUGCCUGUCCACCGAAGGAGGUGCCGUCCCUAACGAUCCCCGUCUUGGUUAGUACAAUGUCAUGCAGUAAGUCCAUUCCGUUCCACCCACAACAGGCAGCCAGCAACAAACGGCAGCUUGAAUGAAAGCCUUUGAUCUCCAUGGUUGCCUUGGUUCCACUAUUAGCUGUUUGGGAGAGAAAGACCAGUGGCAAGCAAUGCGUCCUAGACCAGCCGGGCCGAAGGUUGCGAAAGUGAGCGUUUUUACGAGUAAUACAUGAGUUUGUUGCAGCAGCCCGUUUCGUCUCUUCCCCGCCAUUAGCUACUGUAGCUAGCUAGCCGUGAAGAUAACUUUAGAAGACAUCAGUAGUGACAGUAUGGGCAACAUCGCGUCAUACGAUACCCAGCAAAGUGUACCGACAUAGCACCUGUUGGCUGGGCUUACUGGUAGCAGCAACCGUGCUCUCAAUUAGCAGAUCCGAUACCGGUACGGGCAACGUCCCGUCGUCUAUCC